GCCAUCGAGCUGGCGCUGCUUUUCUCGUCCCGUGAGAGCGGAGGGGCUGCCCAUGUCUGGCCCGGGAGAGGUGGCCACCCUGCUUGGGUGUCGUAUCACGCGAUGACUGCUGCAGUGCUGACCCAGCUCCGUGAGGACCCCCCUGGCCAGUCCAGGAGCCCGGCUGCUCAGGUGAGCUUUUCCAUUGGAGCUGUACCUCUCUUUGGCUGCUGCAGCUAAUUUGCUGAAGCGGGGGAGUUUGGGAUCCCUCUAGAAGGCAACACUUGAGUGCAAGGGCAGGAGAAUGAGUGGGCAGCGUGUGGAUGCCAAAGUUGUGAUGCUGGGCAAAGAGUAUGUGGGCAAGACCAGCUUGGUGGAGAGAUACGUUCACAACCGCUUCCUUGUGGGACCCUACCAGAAUACAAUAGGUGCUGCAUUUGUGGCCAAAGUGAUGCAAGUGGGAGGUCGGACAGUCACCUUGGGAAUCUGGGAUACUGCUGGCUCAGAGCGCUAUGAGGCCAUGAGCCGGAUAUACUACCGUGGAGCGAAAGCUGCCAUUGUAUGUUAUGAUCUUACUGAUAGCAGCAGUUUCCAGAGAGCAAAAUUCUGGGUGAAUGAGCUGCAGAACUUUGAGGAGAAUUGUCGGAUCUAUUUGUGCGGCACCAAGAGUGACUUAUUGGAUGAGGAUAGGAGAAGGCGGGAAAUUGACUUCCAUGAUGUGCAGGACUAUGCAGAUGGAAUCAAAGCUGAGCUGUUUGAAACUUCUAGUAAAACUGGACAGAAUGUGGAUGAGCUCUUCAAGAAGGUGGCCGAGGAUUAUGUCCAGUUUACUGCCUUCCAGGAGAUGACAGUGGAAAAGGGAGUAGAUUUGAGCCAAAAGAGCACCACCACCUACUUCUACAGCUGCUGCCAUCACUGAGUUCUCCUUCUUUUGCCAAAAGCUAUGUUCUCCUCCUGGAUUGACAGUCCAUGCUGUUCAGACAGUUCACAUCUUCUACCUGGUAUAUGGCAUGUGUUGCCUUUUGGACAUGUAGAGCAUCACUUGCUGGCAUCUCCCCUUGGAACAGGGUGGUAGGGGGCAGAGUACAGCAGACCCAGGGGUUUUCGGCAUAUACUUACAAGACUUGCUGCCUUGUUGACAAGAGACCACUAUUACCAUGUGCUCCUUCUCCCCUCCAGAGGCUGAUUACAUUAUUGAAACACAUCAGGAAUUGCUGUUUCUCAAAACUGGUUCCAUGCAGAAGAGACCCUGUGCUGGCCAUGGUUAAUUUUACCAUUUUGAUGGUGUUGCCUGAUUCUUUGCUUAUUAUUUAAAUGGCUUCUAAGUUCUAUAAAUGUAAAUAAAAGUGCAUUGUGGUCCUGUGUUGAAGAAAA